AGACAGCAGGAGCACCUAGCUUACGAGUGCAUGGGUAUGUGCGGAGGCACAGGACGGAGAAGAUGAUGGAGGAGAAGGCCUGGGUCUGCUCUGUUCUUCCGUCCAUUCAUUUAUGCAUUCAGCAAACAGCGGUGUUGCGGCCCUUCGAGUUGCUCCAGAUCUGAAUGGGAGAGAGACAGGACGUUACCAACUCUGAUCCAGUGUGACAGCACCAUGUCGUCCCCCAACCCUGACGGUGCCCCACCAGAGCCUGAGCCUGAACUCUCAAGUUCCAAGAAGAAAGAGAAGAGAAGGAAGUGGCCACAGCACGAGGCCAGCAUCCAAGCCCUCACCAGGGCCGGCCACGGGGCCCUACUGGCCGGCCGGAACCAUGAGGCUUUGACCAGCUUCCAGAGGGCCUUCUUCCUGGCCUCCAAGGCCCCACGGAAAAGGGACACCCCUGUUCUCCGGGCCUGUGCCUUCAACCUGGGGGCUGCCUACGUGGAGACUGGGGACCCAGCCAGAGGCCUUGAGCUGCUCCUGCGAGCCCAGCCUGAGGAGAAGGCACAGGGCAGGAGUCAUGGUGACCAGUGUUUCAACGUGGCUUUGGCAUACCAUGCCCUGGGGGACCUGCCUCAAGCUUUGGCCUGGUACCACAGGGCCCUGGGCCACUACCAGCCACUCAGUGACCAGGGGCAAGCCCAGGCCAAAAUGGGAACCUGCUACCAGGCUCUGGGACGGCCUGAGCUAGCAGCCCACUACCUGCAGGAGGCGAGCCGGGCCUAUGCCCAAGCAGGGCAGCCCCGGGCUGCAGCCCUGGCCCUGGGGGCUGCAGCGGGGUGCCUGCUGAAGAGCGGGCAGCACGGUGUGGGAGAAGUAGUGCGGGUGCUGGAGGAGAGCCGGAGGCUCGCUGAGAAGAGCGCUGAGCGGGGACUGCUGGGGCAACUCUAUAACGACCUAGGCCUGAGCUACUGCCAGCUCCAGCUGUUCCCACUAGCAGCAGAGGCCUUCCUGCAGGCCCUGCCCCUGUGCCCCGGGCCCGGAGAGGAGGCCACAGUGCUGAGAAACCUAGGGAUGGCCCACAACGCCCUGGGCAGCUAUUGGGAGGCCCGGGAAUUCCACCAGAAGGCUGCCGACCUGCAUGGCUCUGUGGGGCAGCGGUGGGAACAGGGUCGGAGCUUCGGCAGCCUGGCGUUUGCACUGAGCCAGCUAGGGGACCACAAGGCCGCCAGGGACAACUACCUGCACGCUUUGCAGGCUGCCCAGGAUGCAGGUGACGUGAAGGGGCAGUGGCAGGCCUGCGAGGGCCUGGGGGCAGCCGCAGCCAGACUGGGGCAGCAUGAGCAGGCCCUGACGUACUAUAAGGCAGCGCUGGCCCGGUGUCAGAAGGAGCCAGAUUCCGUGCGAGAGCGGCUGGUGGCCAAGCUGGCGGAUGCCAUGAGGACCCACCUGGCCCGAGGGGGGCUGGUCCCAACUCACACCCUGACCUCAGCUCCAAGGAGGCUCCAGGUUCCAGGUGGAGCCUGCCCAGCGGGGACCCCAGCCAGGGUGGGAAGGGGCCCAGCGGAACUGCAGCACAGAUCUUCAGGUGGGUGGGAAGAUGAAGAGUUAGAGGUGCGCUGUGAAGAGGAAGGGAAAGAGGGCUCCAUGAAAAUCCCUGUGCCGGGCUGGCUUACACCGAAACUGAAGGCCUUUCCAGAAUCACCCUGUCCUCACUCCCGAGGCUUCCUCACUUCCAGAGCUGUGCGUCUCAGAGCGGCAGGGCUGGUGGGAAGCCUAUACACGCCAGGGAGCCGGCACUGGACGAGUCUCUACCCCCCAAGGCCUCCGACUCGGGGAGCAGAGCACCUUGCUGCUGGUUCACUUGAAUUCACUGACUUUUCAUUGUUUUCUUCCGGGCACCGGCAAACCAUUCCCCCAUCUAGCCACCGAUGGCCCAGGCAUGCCAUGCACCGCCCCACACAGGGUGCAGUCCUUGGGGCACCCUCUGACACCUACCCUCCUUUUUCUCUCUUCCGCCAUGAUGGUUCUUGGUUCAGAGAGGCCUGGAUGAGUACGUACGUCCAGGCCCAGGAUCCAGGGCCCAUCUCCCAUGUGGAGGCCAAGGCCCCCCUCAGAAUGGAGUACCCUGGCUUUCUGGUACCCAGUGGCCCCCAGCCAAUAGGUGGGUCCCUGGGGGAGGGAAGGAGGCCUGGAGAAUGGAUAAAGGGAGCAGGACAGGAUGUAGCUCUGGACAAUUUUGAUGGAGCCUGGUCACUAUUAGAGCUGGGGGAGCUGUCUGCUGCUGGGGGGGUAUGUGGUGCUCUGAGCCUCUGUCCUAACCCUUUAGCAAUCUGAACCCUCAGCCAGCUCUGCAGGCCUGGCAUGGCCUCUGCCUCCUGCACUGCCUGCCUGUCGGCCUCAGAGAAAGGGAGGGUCCCCACUGCAUGGGAGCACAUGUCCGUGACGCCUCCUCCCUGCUGCCCUGGAGCCCACCUGCAGAGGUAAGGGCCAGAGAGGGGGCCUCUGCUCUCUCCACAGCCACUCCCACUGGCAAGCUGUGCCCUGCCUCCUUCAGGUCAUCCGCGCAGCCCAAGGAAGCCCGGGGCAGGGGCCCACAGAGGAGACCCCCCACGUCGGGCUUCUGCAGGAUCAUGUGACCCCGCCCUGCUGGCCCA